AUGUUUUCAUCUGAUAUCCUCAGUGAGAUUGACAAAACUGUGGAUCGGAAAAAAGAAGUUCCUGCCUUAAUGACAUGGACAGUUAAAAGAAACCGAAAAGGAAUUGAAAAACCUGUUUUAGUGGUAAUUACGCCAUAUUCUUUUUAUCUAUUUAGAAAAAUUGGUGAAAGUAUUAAGUACCAAUCAGUAUGCUACUUCUAUAAUGUUAAAGAAAUGAAGAAGAAUUCGAAAGGUUUUAGAAUCAAAUUUUCCGAUAAUGUUUAUACAGUUCUCGGUCCUGAAGCUCAGAUGAUAGCUGAAAUAUGUGCUUUUCAAGUUUUCUCAAUCUUCUAUCAUGAAGAGGUUCCAUUCAUUAGUAGGGCAAGUUUUCCUUCAAAUUCAGUACCAACUCCGUUAAAUCGUUUUCUCGCAAAAGAAGUUUCCAAAGGUAAUUUCCCAAGGCAAGCCAUCAUUGACCAGUUAAUUGAAUACCUUGCUGAAGGAAGACAAGAAUUUGAUGUGGGUCAUAUAAUUGGGCUUUGGAAUUACCUUGGAGGCGUUUUAUUUGCCAUCAAAACUCUCCCUUACAUUACUCAUUUGAUCAUUCCUCGAAUUGAUGUACAAUCUGCAUGGGAAUCUUUAGUAAAGUUCUGGGAUGACAACAAAUACUGCAGAUGGAUCACGAUAUCCCUUCCUGUUUUCCCUGAAGAAGGCUUCAGAAGAUGGGCACUCAAGAUUUCGGAAAAACCAAACGAUACCGUCGAAGUAAUUGAAUUCAAAGACAUUUCAUUUUUCUACUCAACUGUUUCUAUCCUUUAUUCAACAUUUUCUCAAAACAAAUUACAAAAAUUAAUUUUUAAUCACUGCAGUCUCGGGUUGGAAGAAGAAAAGUUCUUAGACCUAAUGUCCUCUAUUAGAAGCCGUUCUAAAAUCGAAGGUAUAGGCUUCGUAAAAAUGAAUUUCGAACAGCCUCUCGAAUUAAUCUCCAAAAUUGAAAGGCUUAAGUAUAUUACACUUGCUGGUCUUGGUCUUCAAAUCGCACCCUUAAUUAAGCGCUUACUCCGUCUUGGUCUUUAUUCCCUAGAUUUAUCUGGAAACAAAACUGACGAAGAAUUAGAUGAUAAAUUUACAAUUUCCAGUGAACCAUUCAAGCUCAGUAUUAAUGAUAUGAACUGGACAGCUUCAAAUUUAUUUAAAUUAAUUUCGAAAGUUAAAACUGCUCCAGGAUGGUGCACUUUAGAAAUGGCAAACACUAAAAUGGAAGAAAGCGAGUGGCAUCAGUUCGACCAGCUUAUUAAAAAGGCUGAUCCUGAACAUAUUGAUUCAAUUAAUUGGUCUCAGAACUAUAUUUCAAACAAGAUCAUGGAAUUCAUGACAAAAGGCGAAUUAAACUUUAUUUCCUUGGCAGGAAUUGAUUUAUCAUCUUGUGCUGCUUAUCUUUCAAAAUUCCAUUGCAAAUAUUUCGAUUUGCAUGGAACAGAUAAGUACCAAAUGAAAGAUCAUGCUCUUGAAAUCAUGACAAUAUUAACAACAUCUAAAAUUGACUUUGUUAAUAUUGCUCAUAAUAAUAUUGGUUCAAAGAACCUCGAAUCACUUGGAAAUAUAAUCAGCAAGUUUGAAUAUCUCAGAUGUAUCUCAUUAGAUGAUAAUAAUUUCACUGAUAUUGCUGAACUCCGUAAAUUUGGUGAUUUCUUUUCAGAUGACAAACAUUUCUAUAUUUGGUUCCCAGAACGUGAUGUAUCAAAGCUUACUCUCAAGACACAUCCAUCUGUUGCUGCUAAACUAAAAGAGCACUUCCAUCUUCCAAAGCAUAGUAGAAGAGGAACAUUAGCCGGAGAUGAAUGGAUGAAUGUUAUUUACGGAUAUUUCGCUGAACAAGAAGUAUUCCCUAAGGAUCAUGAUUAUUCUGAUGAUUACGAAGAAGACGGCGAAGAAUCAACAGAAUCGAUCGAUGAUGGACGUGAUAAUCUCACAUCUUCAUCUGAUGAAGCUUAUUUAGAUCUAACAUAA